UUCGGAGAUCUACUUUACCGACCUUCUCAAGAUUGUAAUGGCGUGCAGUAGUGUUGUGAAUGUUAAAUUUGCUUUGCAAUUUAUUGACUAGUUCUGAGCGGACAAAUGUUAUACAACUUUAUCUAAACAUUAUUAAGGUUUGGCUUUUGGACAGAACAAGGAAACGGAGGCUUCCCUCUCACCAGACUCUUGACAGCACAUACAGGAUCUCUCCAUUUGCCAAAUUUUACUGCCUGACACCUUAAAUACAUAAUAAAUGCCUAAUUUCAGAUUAAUUGAUGGAAUCAAAUCAGUCGAAAAGAGCUAGAACUUCACCAACAUUUGGUACACCUGAAAGGAAUCUGGGAUUCGAAUCUUUCAGCGAAGCAGAAUUACUAGAAAAACGGGAAAAACUUAAUAAAAGAAAGGUAGAUUUAGAUCGAAAAAUCGAUGCGCUAAGAGCCGGGAGAUUCGAUGAAAAUUUGAAACAAAAAAUGCAGGCAUUGCAUACAUAUAAUGAUGUCAAAGAUUUAACUCAGUCUGUUAUUGGAUUUUUGGCUGAAAUUGAACAAACCACUGUUACUCAAAUACAUAAGGAAUUGGAACUACCUUUAAAUUCAUAAAUUGUUAUGGGUAGCGGUGCUCUUUAAGUUUUUAAUAAAGCAAUGUCUGAUACGUCUGAGGAUUCAAAGGAUAGCAGAGUUGGAGAUAUAAAUCAGGACAAUAUCUGCAGAGAUUUUAUCAGAGGCAUGUGUGAGAGGAAGUUUUGUAAAUUUAAACAUGAUCAAGAACCAAGGAUUUUGAAUUUUUGUCACGAUUAUCAAAACACGGCAUGUCCAAGACCGGCCUGCAAGUUUAUACAUUGCACAAUUAAGGAGGUCGAGGAAUACAAGAGAAGCGGUGAAAUGUCCAAUCAAAUAUUAGCCGAGGCGACAAGAAAAAAUCAACUUCCAGGUAUAAAUCCGAUCUGCAACUCAUUUCGAAAAGGGACGUGUCGGAGGACUUACUGCAAAUAUCGACACAUAUCAAAAGAGGAAGAGGACUCUGAAAUCAUGGAGUUAAUUAAAAACAAUUCAACUUUGAAAAGUAGAUCACAAAGUAAUAUUGUUCUUAUUAAUGAACCUACAAAUAGGAUAUACGAUGGCACAAUCAAUAAUAGAAGAGUAUAUCAUUUCGAAGAAGUGGAUGAUUUAAGCCCAUCCUUGCCUAAGCGUAGGCUAAUUUCUAGUGGUUUAGAUUGUCAGGAAACAAUUCAACAUGAAAUCGCAAGAAGACAAUUCAGUGGUUACUUUGCUGGUAGUCCUCCCUCUCUAUUAAGCAGAUUAGACGCUCGAAGUAUCAUCAUAUUAGAAGAAGAAAAUAAUUUGUUGCAAAAGGAAGUAGCUCAACUGAAGAAACAGGUUUCUGAUUUAACAGCUACUAAUGAAUUUUUGUUGGAUCAGAAUGCAACUUUAAGAGUAUCUAGUAAGAGACACAGCGCCACAGUUACAGUUCCGGCUGUGACUAUAACAAAUACAUUACCUCAAAAUAAUGGACAGGUAAUAAGAACUGUAGCUGCAAGUGUUGCAACGGUUCCAGUUUCUCUGGCAACUGUUACUACUUGUAAUCCGGUAUCAGGUAAUCCAGUGUCUAUUGCUGGAUGUCCUGCCGUUAGUAUAGCGCCUGCAGCGCAGAUCCUCGCUCCUAGUCAACAGAUUUUAGUAACAACAAAUCAAUCCACCCAGUUAGCAUUAGCCAACAGUUCUCAAGCGCAGUUAGCUAUAGCUCAACAGAAUUUGGCAAAUAACCUUGCUCAACAGGCUCAACCCCAAUUGACGUCGCAAGCUCAGCAAUUGGCGCUGGCUACGACAACCCAACAGCUGACCUCCCAAGCCCAGCACAUGGCGAACCAACAGAUGGCCCUUGCCACAGCUCCACAGCAAAUGAACUCGCAAACCCAGCAAAUGGCAAUCAAUAACAAUCAACAAAUAACAUUGGCAAGUAAUCCCCAAUCUCAUCUAACCAAUCAGCAAUUGUCAUCUCAAGCUCAACAGCUAAAUCAACAAUUGACCUCGCAAGCCCAGCAAUUAGCCCUCGCCAAUACGACCCAACAAUUGACAUCACAGGCUCAGCAGUUAGCAUUGGCGAAUUCUACCCAGCAGUUGACAAGUCAAGCACAGCAGAUGGCUCUUGCCAAUUCCCCUCAGCAGUUAGCGGUCGCAAACGUCAAUCAACGGCUGGCUCUGGCCAGCACUAGUCAGCAGUUACUAGCACAGCAAAAUCUAGCUAACAAUCAACAGAUCGAGUUGCAUCGCAACUCACAGUUAAACGGUAUCAAUACGUCACAAACCAUGGCGAUGUCCAACGCGACUCCGCCCAUGGUUUCUUAUCCAAUAAUGACGCACGCUUUACCCCAUUAAUGAACAAAUAUCUAUAUACCAAUCUAGUUUUAGUUCUGUUACACAAUUGAUGAAAGGUGUUUAGAUAUAUUCAGGGUAUUCACAUUACUGUUUCUUUUAAAUUAAUUUAACAAACAAUCAAUCAUGUAUAUAAGUUUUAGUUGUAUGCGAAAAAUGGCGGAUUAUUGAAGUGCUUCAUAGAUUGCGUAAGUUGUUUAUAAUUUAAUAGACAUUCCACUCUCUAAUUGCACAUUCAUAUUUUAGCAAAUAAUUAAUCAGAAUCAGGUAACAAUCUAAAGAAUCCUUCAAAAAAAAUAUUUUUGUAAAACACAAAUAUAAAGAGAAGAAUCAUUUUGAUUUAUGCAUUGUGUUUAUAUACUUCGGACGCUGUGCUUAGCAACUAUAGAUUUGCUAUUUUUCGAAUUAUUAUCCUUACAGAGUAUUUAUUGGAAUUGUUUUAAAUACUUAAAUCAAAUUGUGAUAUAUUAAUUUAAAAUAUAAAUACAUAAAAAAGAAAGAAAAAUAAACGUUAUUUUCGUUAGUACGAUAUGGAAAUUAUUUGUGAUUAGUUAAGUUAAGUGAAGAUAAUUAAGUUCUGGCAUUAUAUUGCGAAAAUAUUUUUGAUAUAAACACAUGUCAAAAUUACAUUUAAUUUUAAUUAAAACAUGUUAAUCGGUUAGAAUUACUGUUUUUAAAGAAAAUCUAAUUAUGUUUUCUUUAAGUGUGGAUGAUUAUUUCUUUGCAACUAUCUACUGUAUAUAUUGAAUAUUAUUGAACAAAAGUACAAUUAAAUUAUUUAUGCCCA